CCAGGAAGUCCCAAGCACAAAAAACCGCUACGUUAGCACAAAAAAAAAAAAAGGAUGAGUGAAUGAGUGGAACAGAAAGCAUCCGUUUAACCUUUGAACCGUCUUCCUUUUAGUCCACAACGAGUCACAAGACCGAUUCCCGGUGAUUCUCCCGAAUGCCAAUUCCAACGGUAAGCAAGGAGACGUCCUAAGGAGAGGAACAAAACGGAUUUGCACGUGUCUUGCAUGAAAUUUCAGGUUCACAGCAAUACAACUUUCUUAACGUCAUGAACACGGUCCACUUCAACCCGGGUUCGGAUUCAUGUUUAAAUGGAAGUGUGGCAAGAAUGGAUGAUGCCAAAGUGGAGAUUGACAACGGGCAGGAUAAUGCUGUGGAACCAGACACUAUGUUCCACAAUAUCCGGAAGAAAAUUGCCCCCUUUGUUAUGUCCUUUGGAUUCCGUGUUUUUGGGGUGGUAUUGAUCCUUGUUGACAUUGUGCUGGUCAUCGUGGACAUUUCCCUGCCAGCCAGGAGUAGAGAAGUUGGAAAUUCUCUGGAGACCGUCUCGCUUAUCAUCUCCUUCUUCUUCCUGGCUGAUGUUCUCCUCAGGGUCUACGUAGAAGGAUUCAAAGUUUACUUUGCUUCCAAGCUGAACAUCAUUGAUGCCUGUGUUGUGGUGGUCACAUUGGUGGUCACCAUGAGCUACACCUUCACUGACCUGUCUGGAACCAGUCUCAUUCCCAGGGUAGUUUCCUUUUUGCGAUUCUUGAGAAUUAUCAUCCUGGUGAGGCUGUUCAGGCUGGCAGCUCAGAAGAAAGAACUGGAGAAGGUCACGAGGAGGAUGGUGUCUGAGAACAAACGGCGCUACCAGAAGGACGGCUUUGACUUGGAUCUCACUUAUGUCACGGAUCGAGUCAUUGCCAUGUCUUUCCCGUCAUCUGGGAAGCAGUCGUUCUACAGGAACCCAAUCAAGGAGGUGGCUCGGUUCCUCGACACAAAACACGAAGGCCAUUACAAAGUUUACAACCUUUGCAGUGAGAAAGGCUACGACCCCAAGUUUUUCCAUUACCGGGUAGAACGAGUGUUCAUCGACGACCACAAUGUCCCUUCUUUAGAAGACAUGCUGAAGUACACCGCUAGUGUGAGGGAGUGGAUGUCAGCUGAUCCCCAGAACAUCAUCGCUAUUCAUUGCAAAGGAGGAAAAGGUCGUACUGGUACUCUGGUGUGCACGUGGCUUAUUGACAGUGACCAGUUUGAAAGUGCACAGGACAGUCUGGAGUAUUUUGGGGAGAGAAGGACGGACAAGAGUCGAAGCUCUAAGUUUCAAGGAGUGGAGACUCCUUCUCAGAGCAGGUACGUGGGCUAUUACGAGAGCAUGAAGAGUAAAUUCAACAGACAGCUUCCUCCUCCCAAGAGCCUCAGGAUUAAGAGCAUCCGGAUUCACUCCAUAGCAGGUGUGGGCAGAGGUAAUGGAAGCGACUUGAAGGUGAAGAUAACAAUCCGAAAAGAGCUGGUUUUUCAGUGCGUGUGUGCCACGCAGGAGAACUGCACAGUGUUUCCCGACGUGGGUGGAAAUGCAGCGGUCAUCAGUCUCCAGAAUGGACCUGAGGUUCAAGGAGAUGUCAAAGUCAUGUUUGAGUCCAGCGCUGGUAUUCCGAAGGGAUAUGAAGAUGUUCCCUUCUACUUUUGGUUCAAUACCUCCUUCAUAUCAGAUAACAAGUUGUUUCUACCCAGAGAGGAACUGGACAACCCUCACAAACCUAAAAUGUGGGAAUUGUACAAGGAGGACUUUGGCAUCACCAUGUCCUUUUCGGACAUCUAGUUAUUGUACAGUUCUUGUAAUAAAAAUGCUCUUUAAAUGGA